AUGCCACUUCCUGUGAAAGAGUCCACUACCCAAAAACAUGUGGGCUACGGAAAAGUGAUUAUCUUUGGUGAGCAUUUUGUCGUCCAUGGUGCCGAAGCGAUUGCGGCGGGUAUUUCAGAAUAUACGGAGUGCCGCCUGGAGCUGAGGCGGGGUGAGGCGGGGGUGGAAGUGGUGGACUCGCGCCCGGCGGUGCCCGGGUACAUUCAGACCAAGCGCGCGGAGCAGGCAGAGGCCCACCAACUCGUUUUAAAACACCUCGGCAUCGACACGAGCACGGAUGGCCUGCGGAUCUUUCUGGGCGGCCCUCUGGUCCCGAGCAGUGGGAUCGGGGCCUCUGCCAGCGAUGUUGUUUCCCUCUCCCGCGCCCUUAGCGAGAUGUAUGAUCUUAAACUGAGCGAGGAGGCCGUUAACGAGAGCGCGUUUGCGGGGGAGUGUGGUUAUCAUGGGACACCGAGCGGUCUGGAUAACACGGCGGCGACCUUUGGUGGACUCAUUUCCUACAGGCGUGUGAGCGGGAAAUCGCUUUUCAACCCGAUCUCCUUCUCCUCUGCGCUAUACCUUGUGGUGGUGAGCACUGGUAUCACCGCGAGCACUGUCGAGGUGGUUCGAGAUGUCCAGAAGCUGAAGGAGAAGGAACCAGCCCUCUUUAAUGGGCUGUUUACCGCCUACGAGACGAUUGUGAAAAAAGCCCAAAAGGCCCUUCUGGACGGGGAUUUAAAGGAGAUUGGGGCCCUGAUGACGGCUACGCACGACCUCUGCCGAAAGCUUACUAUUUCGUCUGAAGAACUUGAGCAGAUCGUGUCUUGCUGUAUGGCGCACGGGGCGUUGGGCGCGAAGCUUUCGGGAACCGGACGGGGCGGCAUCGCAAUCGCGUUGGCUGCGGAUGCUAAACAACAGGGGGAGAUUGCCGCGGCAUUGGAAAGCUGUUGUCCACCUGCGAAAUUUAUUUGGAAAUAUACGGUAAUGGGAAAUAAACCUAAGUAA